UUUUAGAAGUGGGUUUUAAGAUAAAGUGCAAACUUUAUUCCCCCCCCUGAUAUUUACAAUGUUGCACCGGUUUCUUCCACGUGCAGAUAAGUUUCCUGGUCUGGACUCGUCUUGAACUGCGUUCGAAGGACAUAACAAUGAAUAAUCAAUCGAUGACAGGGAGGACCAUGGUCCCGACCAUCCCGUCCAUUAUGUUCAUUUUCGGGGUGGUGGGGAAUGUCAUCGCCAUCGUGGUUCUCUGUAAAUCUCGCAAGGAACAGAAGGAAACCACGUUUUACACGCUGGUGUGUGGACUGGCAGUCACGGACCUGCUGGGCACUCUGCUGGCCAGUCCGGUCACCAUCGCCACUUACGUGAAAGGAUCGUGGCCAGGAGAGGACCCGCUGUGCCAGUACUUUGGAUUCACCUUGCUGUUCUUCUCCCUGGCGGGGCUCAGUAUCAUCUGUGCCAUGUCGGUGGAGAGAUACAUCGCUAUAAACCAUGCCUACUUCUACAAUGACUACGUGGACCAGAAACUGGCGGGUUUGACUCUCCUGGCGAUCUACAUCUCCAACGCGCUUUUCUGCGCCCUGCCGAUUGUCGGCUUUGGACAGGUGAAGAAACAAUACCCGCAAACGUGGUGUUUUCUAGAGUGGAGGAGCAACAAGACCAGCGAUGCCGCCUACUCGUAUAUUUACGCCGGUUUCAGCUCUCUUCUUAUUCUCGCCACUGUUGUCUGUAACGUGCUGGUGUGCGCGGCUUUGAUCCGGAUGCACCGGCGCUUCGUGCGCAGGACGUCGCUGGGAACCGAUCUCGGGCGCACCGUUGAGCCGCCGAGGAGAGGACGCAGCUUUGGACGUCUGGCCGGCGCAGAGAUUCAGAUGGUCAUUCUCCUUAUAGGCACUUCGGCAGUCGUGCUUAUCUGCUCCAUUCCACUUGUCGCUCAGGUGUUUCUCAACCAGCUGUAUAAGACUCCUGUGGAGCUGAGGCUUGACAAAAACCCUGAUCUUCGAGCGAUACGUUUCGCCUCAUUCAACCCCAUUCUUGACCCCUGGAUCUACAUCUUGCUUCGCAAGGCUGUUCUCCUCAAGCUCAUUGAGAAAAUCAAGUACUUAUUUUGCAAGAUGGGAGCGCGAAGGCAACAGAGGCAGGGGAACUUCCACUGUGUAGUAGACACUCAGCAGCUCUCCGUGGCCCUUUCGAAGCGGGACUCACACUCCCUGGCUUCCACCUACAUGCAAGACUUCUCCAGCAGCUCCCAGACCUUCCUCUACCUGCCAGAGGGAAGUGAAGUGUAUAAAGGAACCUGCCACAAAGUAGAAGGACUCUCUGGUUCACAACCUUCAUCCGUCAGAAACUCACAGGCUUCUUAUUCAUUUGAGCAGGGCAGCGUUGAGGUUCAUAGUAGAGAAGGGACAACUGCAAUCAGGGACUUUGCAGCUCUGCCGUGCCCAAAGGACCCAGCCCUCCAGGUGUCAUUGAGCACUGACACAGAGGAGGAGAAAUGCAUCUGACUGAACUCUGAACAAGGAGAAAGUUCUCGUUUCUCUCUGAGGUAGAUUGUCUACUCUACUUCUCCAAAAGUGAAAAAUCGUGGAAGGCGCACACAAAUAAUAACGGACUCUUCUUGAGAAGUCGGGCACAUGAAAGCGAGAAGGAAAGAAAAACUUAAAGUGCUGUGAGCAUCCUAUUGUUCUCUGUUUCGACACCCAGCUACCUCAAGUGAAGACCAACUCUGACUGUGUGAGCAGAUUUUGUCAUUUUGCCCCAAACAGAUGUUGUAACAGAGAUGACCCACUUCUCCGUGACUCAAGUGUCCAGAGAUGGAAAAGCUAUCCUUCCUCAUUUCAGCUAUACUUGGUCCAAUCAUGUGUGGAAAACCUGACUGAUUUAGAAUAAUUGAGUCACACGCUUGGUCAAUAUGGUAAAUGAAAACAGUAUUAAAUGUGAUACUUAUGAGUAAUCGUUGGCAUGUGUGCUGCCAUUGUAAGGAUGUGUUUAGUUGGAAACAAACCUCUGUUGUACAGCUCUUUGUGAAGGACACGGUGUGUUAAUUCCAUGACUAAUGUACAGUGCAGUAUUAUUAUGUGGUGAACACCAACGUUUUUGUUCCUGGUCCCUGGAAUACACACGCAUGCCAUCUAAAAUUAUAAGAACUUUGUUUCCGUUGUCUUUAACACUAAAUGUUUAUUUUUUCCGCGGCUACAGCAAAUGUGGUGUAGAUAGGAGCACUAAUAUGAAGACAUUUCAACACACCUGUCAGCUUGAGAAAAAAGCCUGUUCUGUGUCCUCGAUGUGGUCUAAAAUGUUGUUCGUAAUAAAAGUAUUCUUCUCCACGAGAAGGUUUUAAUCAAUAAAUCACAACUCUGAAGGGAUUAUCCACACUGUAGAAGUAUGGUGUUUUUUUGUGAUCCUAUUCUGUGCCACAUUUUUGACCAAUGACAAAAUUCCUCUAUUUAAUGUCUUGUUAGUCAACUGACACGUAGAGCUGCUGUCCUACUACUAUAUAUAUCAGACUGAACUUUUGAAACCCUGUUUGUGCGAGCUUUUCCACUCAAAUGAACUUCAGCUUUGAAGCACACAGUCUGCCUCCUUUUCCCUGUUAUUAAAUCGGCUCCAGAUUGUUGCUUCAUGUCGUGGAUCACAUUCUUGCCUUUCUUUCUUCUUUCCUGUUAUUGUGGAUAAAUGCUGUAUCACGCCCCCUCAAGUUUGAUAUAAUGAUAUUUGGUAAAAGGUAGAGUUUUGACAAACAAGCGGCCAAUUUAAUUUAUUUUCUAAUCUGGUCUUGACAUUUUGCACUUUAUUUUGUAUUCCUUUCAUAUUGUAUUGUGGAAUUAAAUAUGUGGACAUAUAGUUGCUGUUGUAUCAUAUCAUGUUCAUAUCCGUACAUAUUACUUUGUAUUUGCAAAAGUUGAACGGUAAUAACUACGAAUUUGGGGAAGAACGCCAUUGUUUCACGGCAAACAUGUCCUUUCGC